AUGAUCAAGAUCUCAAAUGGAUUGUUGGAAGAUAUUCGAAACUAUCAGAAUGAUCCACUCUUGGAAGAGAAAGGAGAAUUGAUGGUACAAGGAAAAGCACCCGAUUUCAAAGUAGGACCCGAUAACAUCUUAAGGUGCAACAAAAGAGUCUGUGUACCCAAUGUUGCGGGGAUAAGGAAGCUAAUUUUAGAGGAAGCUCACAAGAGAAAACUUAGCAUUCACCUUGGAGCAACAAAGAUGUAUAAAGAUUUGAAACAAAACUAUUGGUGGCCAGGAAUGAAGAAGGAGGUGGCAGAUUAUGUAGCGUCAUGUUUGACUUGCCAAAAAGCAAAAGUGGAACACCAAAGACCAGCAGGAAUGUUGCAAUCUUUAGAUGUUCCCGAGUGGAAGUGGGAUAGCAUUUCAAUGGAUUUUAUCACUAGAUUGCCAAAAACUCGAAGGAUGCAUGACUCAAUUUGGGUAAUUGUCGACCGUCUGACCAAGUCUUCUCAUUUCCUACCGGUGAGAACAACCUAUAAUGUAGCCAAGUUAACCGAAAUCUACAUUUCCGAGAUUGUUAAACUACAUGGGGUACCUUCUAGCAUCAUUUCAGAUCGAGACCCAAAGUUCACGUCACAUUUUUGGGGUGCUUUACAUGAGGCGCUUGGAACAAAGCUAAGAUUAAGUUCGACUACAGAAAAGGUUAAGAACAUUAAGGAAAAGAUGAAAGCUUCACAAGAUCGUAAAAAAAGCUACGCCGACAAAAGACGUAGGCCGCUGGAUUUUGAAGAGGGAGACCAUGUGUUCCUCCGUGUCACACCUACCACGGGAGUGGGGAGAGCAAUAAAGACACGUAAUUUAACUCCAAAGUUUAUGGGGCCCUAUCAAAUAACUUCAAAAAUUGGACCCGUGGCUUACCGAAUUGCAUUACCGCCCUUUUUAUCUAGCAUACAUGAUGUGUUUCAUGUCUCACAACUACAGAAGUACAUUCCAGACCCUUCUCACGUAAUCAAACCAGACACCAUUCAGCUUAAAGACAACUUAUCAUUUGAAGCAAUACCCGUUAGGAUCGAGGAUAGAAAAAUGAAGCUGCUAAGGAAUAAGGAAAUUCCGUUAGUAAAAAUAAUUUGGAACCAAGCCACUGGUGAUGCAACUUGGGAACUUGAAAGUGCAAUUCGAGAGAAAUACCCAGAAUUGUUUACAGACACGUAG